AUGAACCCGAGAACCCGCUCUUCGCUCCGUGCCUUUGCACGCCAGGGAGAGCCCGCAGACGAUCUACAGGACCUUCAGGACGAUCAGUUCGCCGAUGAUCAGCCAGUGGAGGAACAGGAUAAAGGUUUCCUUGAAGAAGAACUGUUCCAUGAUUCGGAGCAGGUAAUGGACGACAUUGAUAUCCAUCGAAUUCCUAUGACCAAAGAAAGGUUCCUAGAGGAGAUCAAGAAGAAUCCGGAAGUGGUCUACGAGGUCAUGAGAGGCAUGCAUGAGCUCGAGAUCAAAAAAACGAACCGCGCCCAGAAAGCUAUCCAGAUACUUAAGAAAGAUAUUGCCAACCUAACUGCAGAGCGUAAUGCUAUUGCUGUGAAAUGGGCCCUCUCUAGGGACCGAACCGACACCUCUAGUCACCGAUCCACUAAGAUUCCUGACCCGCCGAUGCUGAACAACGGUGAAGACCCGUCCUUUGAAAACUGGCAGUUAGCAAUCCACCAGAAGAUGACUGCCAACGCUGACCACUAUCCCACUGCUGAGCUUCGCAUUGCCUAUGUGACUAGUCGCUGUGAAGGGGAUGCACGUCGGCAUAUAUACCCGCGUCUUAAGAUUCAGGACUAUCGGGACUUUGGUGAGAUCCUGAGUCAUUUGAAAAGAAUCUUCGUGGACCCGAAUAAGGCCCGCAAUGCUCGCCGGAAGUUUAUAUCGGAUAAUGCUCUGCCUGUUAAAGAUCUCAAUAUGUAA